GCGAGAGCGAAGAAAAAUAAAUUUUUUGACAAAACGCGUCUCUUCGUACGAAAAAUAUCAGCAGUAGCAAAGAAGUGCAGAAGAAAAAGUAAAUUUAAUCAGUUUUUUCGCCGAUAUAAUUUGCAAGCGUUAUUGGCAAAUUGACCAGAUAUUCGAGGUUAAUAAUUUGGAAUAUUUUUCCAAGCGUGAAAAAUGGUGCGUUUUACAACGCGGACGGUGUUUUUAAAUCGCGGUGCGAUGUGAAAAACAAGCAACUUGAAAUCGGAUCAAACUCCGGUGGAGCAGGCAAGGACGCAAGGAGGCAAAAGUAAAAAAAGUGGCAAGAAAUCGAUUCCUGUGAGUGAAUGAGCAAAAAAGUAUGAUUUCUGUAGGAAUUUGCUAGAACUGGAACUGUAGUUAAAUUUAUCGGCUUGAUAGUGGGAAAUAUUGUGCUGUUCGGCUGUAAGCUCAAUAAACUAUCGAUUGCGAAAUAAGUGGUCUUAGUCAAAAAGGGUAUUUUGUAAUGUCCACAUCUGGAAGUUCAUCGCCAGGCAGUAACAGCAACAAUAUCACCAGUAGCAGCGGGAUCAACAGUUUGGAGAUCAAUAGCGAACGACGAGUCAAUAACAGCACUCCCGGCUCUGGAAGGACUCCCCGUAAAUUGGCUGCCAAUAGUGCAGCGGGGAGUAACGGGACAACUUCCAGCAGUAGUUCAUGCGUUUGGUGUGGGGAGAGCAAAUCUCCCCUAAAGUACGUUCUUCCUACCCAGAACGGGAAGAAGGAAUUCUGUUCGGAAACGUGUAUCCUCGAAUUCCGCAAGGCAUACAGCAAAGGGGCCUGUAUCCAGUGCGAUAAUGUGAUACGAGCCAACGCGCCGAAACCCAACUACUGUUCGACGUUCUGCAUGAAGAAACAUCAGAAAAAGUCGCUGGCCGGCGGAACUUCCGCGGCACAGCCGACCGAUGGGAUAAUCCCAUCGACGACUUCCGGUUCGUCGGUCGGUUCCAAGAUAAAUGGCAACAACAACAACAACAAUAAUAAUAACAGCAACAACAACAACAAUGGCCGGAGAAGUAAUGGAAACAAUUCGCCGGGCCGGGAGCCUACCGCUAGCAGAAUAAGUCCGGUAACAACCACAACCUCGACCGGCCCAUUCCAGUACGAAAGUUUCCACGUGUUCGACUGGACCGAAUAUCUUCGCGAGUCCGGCAGUGUUCCCGCACCCGCUGAAUGCUUCAAACAGGCCGUUACGCCUCCGAAAAAUGAAUUCAAAAUCGGAAUGAAACUGGAGGCUCUUGAUCCGCGUAACGUGACCUCAACCUGCAUCGCAAGUGUUGUGGGGGUGCUUGGUUCGCGGCUUCGGCUUCGACUGGAUGGCAGUGACAACAAAAAUGAUUUCUGGCGGCUAGUUGACUCGAAUGAAAUUCAUCCAAUUGGUCAUUGUGAGCAGACAGGGGAGAUGCUGCAGCCACCGCUCGGUUUCCGUAUGAACGCCAGCAGUUGGCCAACGUUUCUGCUGAAAACUUUGAAUGGAGCCCCGAUGGCUCCAUCUCAUAUUUUCAUGCCAGAACCACCAACGCCCAAGUGCAAUUUGUAUCAGGUUGGCCAGAAGCUGGAAGCCGUCGACAAAAAGAACCCGCAACUGAUUUGCUGUGCAACGGUAGAUGCGGUCAAAGAAGAUCAGAUUCACGUAACAUUCGACGGUUGGCGAGGUGCUUUCGAUUACUGGUGUCGUUACGAUUCCCGAGAUAUAUUUCCCGUCGGUUGGUGCGCAAAAAGUUGCCAUCCGAUGCAACCGCCCGGUCAGAAGAACAAAAUGGAUGGAAGUAACGCUCGCUCCAAAGGAGCCCGUUCGUCAUUUGCGAUGAUAUCCGAACCGGAUUCGAUGAUGCCAACCACUCCCGUUACAGCGCAUUUCCACAGCAGAUGCAAGGGUGGUCCAUUUAUCAAUAGCUCGAAGCUUCCUUCGAUGGUGACCGCUCCGAAUCAUCAAACAUUGGCAAAACUGUGCCUCCAGGAAGUACUGGCUGCAUCCAAGGAUCACUCGCAGCUUUCUCCGUUGCUGUUUGGCCUAGAAGGCGACGUACACAUUGUGACAGCUGCUGGAAAGAAUUUUACCGUUAAAAUACCAGCUUAUAUCCGACAGAAGGGAAAUAGUGCAUUGGCGGAAUUCCUCGAGACGUUAUGUACGGCGUGCAGAGCAUGCAGACAUCUGAUCACCUUGGAACCCGGUCCAGAGCAAUGCGACGCAUGUAUGGUGCAAUCGCCGCCGCUCAAACGACCGAUCAAAACCGAACCGACUGUGCGGUCGGCUAGCCCACCGCCAACGGCGGCUUCCUCUCCGAAAGCAGCAUCUAUAACUAGAGAAUCGCAGCACGAGAGCCCGCGAAGUCCUUCGCCGAAACGUAAGGCAGUUGAACGAGAGACGGCAACGUCAACGACCAACAAUGAGCCAAGCUCGUCCUCUCCUGCCCCUUCCAUGCUGGCGGUCAGUGUCGCUGCUGUUCAUCCGACGCCGUCAUCAACGGUGGUAGUUCCACCCCCCAACCCAAGCACGCCUAACACCCCCAGCACCACAGUGAAAACGGAAAUGCAAAGUCCAGUAGCAGCAGCCGUAACAGCAGCUGCUGCAGCUAUCGCUUCUUCGACAGCAACGAUGUCCGCCUCGGCAGCGUCCCCAGCACAAGCUACUGGCCCUGUUGUGCAUUCAACUCCCACAGCCAAUGUGGCUCCUGCUCCCGUUGCUAACACGAUUAUCCCGGCCAUCCCAGUGCAAACCAGUAGCCCGCUCGCCGUUCCUGUGCAAUCGUGUCCAUCGUCGUCUGCUGUUGCGACGUUGCCGGUUCAAGUCGUAGUUGCAGCACCUGCAGUUGCUCCGAUGGAUGUGAUACAAGUACCGGUCGCCGCAACGCCACCUAUCGCACGACCUCAAAUGCCUCGUGGUCAACCCAGUGAUUGGACGAUCGAGGAUGUGAUACAAUUCAUUGCCGUGCAGGACCCGGCACUGGCGGUUCACGCCGAGUUGUUCAGAGAUCACGAGAUUGACGGCAAAGCACUACUGCUGCUCAACAGCGAUAUGUUAAUGAAGUACAUGGGUCUCAAGCUGGGGCCUACGGUGAAGAUCUGCAAUUUGGUCAAACGAGUUCAAGGACGUCGGCACAACCUAUAGUCGAUAUAAAGUUCGUUUGUUAGGUUUUGUACUAGCUUCACGCUUCUCUCUCCCUUCUACGUACGACUGCAACCGUUUUUUCCUAUUUUUCCGUUAUACAUGGAAAUAGUUUUAAUUCGAAGUCCAUGCGGUAAUUUGUUGUUCAGCUAAGCCCAAGCAAGCAUGAAGUGAGAAAGAGAGAAAAGCAAUUAUAUUCUAUUUAUGUUUCUUAUGACGUAUUUGAAUGGUGAAAGCAGUGAUUGCGCCAACCGAUGCAAGGUUUGAAAUUGAAAAGUUGAAUUAGUGAUAGGAUCCGAUAGUGUGUAGGAGAAUUCGCCUGACGAAUUCGAAUUCCAAGGCGAUCAGUUGGCAACAGUAAACGCUAUUUUCCGUGGGAACAUUAAGUAAAGUAAGUGAAAUGAAGUAAACUUCUUUUAAUCAUGUUCUGUUUAUAAAGAAUUAUUUACAUUAAUAAAAUGUAGUUUUUCUGUACCACGGAAAUUGUUGCUCAUUUUCAAUAGCUCAGAUGUAAUUAUUUCUAUGUUCAAACCGAUUAUGUCUGCAUACUAGAAGCUAUUAGUAUGGCAAAGCAUCUUUAGAACAGUCAUUGAUUUGCGUUAUCGGCGUUCAAUAGAACAUACAACAGAUCAAACUUAUAUCAUACAGAAACACACAACGAUGCACACUCAUUAUAGCAAAAUAAACUACAGUUCUAUACAAACAGCAAAAAGUAGCAUACGCAAAUAUCUACGAUUUAGAAUUUUCCGUACCACAGCAAAACAGCCAAGAGAAAAAUGUUGGCAUCGAUAUUAAUACCAGUUGUUGACUUAUAUGUAUACACAACUUGUUUCUUCACUUUUACGUAUACACAAUAAUUUACAACUAACUAAGCUGAUAUAAAUUUAUCCUCGACUUGCAAUAAACCAGUUUUCACACACAAUAGUUUUGCUCACCGCAACGGCCAUAGAAAAUACGCUUCACUCGCAAUCGUCCCACGUGUGACAAAGUACACAAAUUUUUAUCCGAUUGAUUUUGGUAUGUGAAACAUACCACUUACGUAUUACUUCCGAUGUAAGCUAGAACAAACGAUUUCGAAACGUUGGACAUACACAUUUCACUUUCUGGCACUUAAAUUUAGUAAUUAUUUUUUAACCACACCUGACAAGCAAAAAAUAAGCGAAACACAGAUAAUUAAAAUGGCUAGUUGUACAGAUACUGCAUCGAAGUGUAAGUCAGAAGGACAAAUGGUAAAUAUUAUUAUAUUCUUAGGAAAAAUCAUACAAAUCAAAAUAGAUCACCAAACCAGUCACAAACAAAGUUUCCCGCUGCUCGGAACCAACAUCUAUAAACCCAAAAGGCAACAGUCCGCGGAACAACCUACUAUCCAAAGCGUUCCACGCAAACCGUAUCAUCCGUUUCCACAUUGCAGCCUGUUGCUCACCGCGUGUGUGCAAAUUUGUAAAAAAUAUAAAUAAAAUAAAUGAUAUCAGAGAUGUUUUCGUGAUGACUGUGAAAAAUAUUA